AUGCCAUUUUUAACCCAAACACAUGCACUUCUCUCGCAACGCAUUGAUGCACCAGUAGCACAAGCAGUCUGGCCAUUUGUCCACCGUUUCGACUACCCACUGAAGUACAAACACUUCAUCAAGAGCAGCAACAUGGUCGUCGGUGAUGGUAGCAUUGGCAGCAUAAGGGAAGUAACCGUAGUAUCUGGGCUUUCAGCGUCAGCCAGCACCGAAAGGCUAGAGAUUUUGGGUGAAGAAAAACUCAUUUUAAACUUUAGAGUUGUUGGAGGAGAGCACAGAUUAAACAAUUAUCGAUCUGUUACAUCUGUUAAUGAAUUUAUUGAUGCAGAAAACAAGAUUUGCACCAUUGUUUGGAGUCUUAUAUAUGGCGAUGCGCCGCCGCUGCGUACGAAGGAGCGUCUGCACACUGCCUCAUCGUCGUUGAGUAGCGAUGACAAAGAGAUAGAGAAGAUAACGGAAGGUGGAUUCGCGAGAGAAGUGAGAGACCGUCGUUGGGGUCGCGGUGGUGUGCGGGUGAGAUCAACUGCACCUAUUGUAUCAAGUUUUGCAUCCAAUCCAAGUGCAUUUCAGCAGAACUUUGCAAAUGCUAUGAUCAAGAUGGCAAAUAUUCAAGUUCUUGUGGGAAAAGCUGGAGAGAUCAGGAAAAAUUGUAGGGUUUUUAAUCCAAAGUCUCGUAAAGGGUUUUAA